UCUGAUCUGCUGAAGGAACAUGGAUGUGUCUGGGGGCCAGCAGCAGUAUGGAGGAUCUAAGAAGAGGGUGAAGAUCCAUCCCAAUACCGUCACAGUGAAAUACGCCUCCCACUUCCCCCAGCCUGGAGACGAGGGUUACGACGAUGCUCCGUCCUUUGAGGACUUUGGGUCGUUUGCAGAGGCCAGCCCUGCCAAGAGACUGGUGACAGACAGUAGUAGGAGGACUUUCUUUGGCACCAUAGAGACCCCCUGUCCGCUAGGGGGGAAGGGGCCAUUGGGGGGAGGGGUGGAGCCCCAGAGCCGGGACAAGGGGGUCGGGGGGCAGCUGGCUAGCUUCGGGGAGGCCAACGUCCUGGCGUCCCGGGUCACCUGGAUGGCGUUGUUCGGGGCAGCGGUGGCUCACGGCUGCGUUGCUCUGAUCACACGGCUGGCGGCGGACCGCUCCAAAGUGCCGUCCCUGGAGCUGAUCUUCAUCCGGUCUGUGAUCCAGGUCCUGUCCAUCACAGUGGUGUUUUAUAACCAGGAGGAACCCUUCGGCCCGAAGGGGUACCGCCUCCGGCUCUUCUUCUAUGGUGUCUGCAACGUCAUCUCCAUCACCUGCGCCUACACCGCCUUCGCCAUCGUGCCGCCCAGCAACGGUACCAUCAUGUGGCGCGCAACCACCACGGUGUUCAGCGGCGUGAUGGCCUUCCUGUUGUUAGACGAGAGGCUGGGCUACACGGACGUGGUGACGGUGGUGGGCAGCGUGUUCGGCCUGUGUCUCGUCAUGAUCCCUAAUGUGGCCGACGAGGAGAAGUCUCGCCUCACCUUCUGGAAGGAGGCGUUCGGCUACACCAUGACGGUGAUGGCCGGCCUCACCGGAGCCCUGUCCAUGAUCGUCUACCGGGCCAUCAAGGAGCGCGUCAGCAUGUGGACAGCCCUGUUCACGUUCGGCUGGACGGGCACGGUGUGGGGCGCCUCCACCAUGUUCGUUAUGCAGGAGCCGAUCAUCCCCCUGGAUGGGGAGACGUGGGGCUACCUCACGGGGAUCUGUAUCUGUUCCACCGUGGCGUUCCUGGGGGUCUACUACGCCCUCAACAAGUUCCACCCCGCCCUGGUGAGCACCGUGCAGCACCUGGAGAUAGUGGUGGCCAUGUUGCUUCAGCUCAUGGUGCUGCGCAUGGUCCCCUCCAUCUACGACGUCAUCGGGGGGCUGGUCAUCAUGGCCAGUGUGUUUACUCUAACGGGAGUGAAGCUGUAUAGGGUCAGCCGGGCUGUACGGCAGGACUACCAGGAGAUACUGAACUCACCCAUUAAAUAGAGCCUGGACUCCAUCUCUCUCUCUCUUUCUCCAUGUCUCUCUCUCUCUCUCUCUCUCCCUCUCUCUCUUUCUCUCUCUCCCUCUCUCUCUCUCUCUUUCUCUCUCUCCCUCUCUCUCACUGUCUUUCCCUCUCCCUGUCUCUCUCUCCAUGUCUCUCUCUCCAUGUCUCUCUCUCCAUGUCUCUCUCUCUCUCUCUCUCCAUGUCUCUCUCUCUCCAUGUCUCUCUCUCUCCAUGUCUCUCUCUCUCCACGUCUCUCUCUCUUUCUCUCUCUCCCUCUCUCUCACUGUCUUUCCCUCUCCCUGUCUCUCUCUCCAUGUCUCUCUCUCCAUGUCUCUCUCUCCAUGUCUCUCUCUCUCUCUCUCUCUCUCCAUGUCUCUCUCUCUCCAUGUCUCUCUCUCUCCAUGUCUCUCUCUCUCCCUGUCUCUCUCUCUCUCUCUCUCUCUCUCUCUCUCUCUCUCUCUCUCUCUCUCUCUCUCUCUCUCUCUCUCUCUCUCUCUCUCUCUCUCUCUCUCUCUCUCUCUCUCUCUCUCUCUCUCUCUGUCACUCUCUCCUCUCAAUUCAAUUCAAAGGGCUUUAUUGGCAUGGGUGACUUAUGUUUACAUUGCCAAAGCAAGUGAGGUAGAUAAUAUACAAAAGUGAAAUAAAUCCUAAAAAUGAACAGGAAACAUUACACUCACAGAAGUUCCAAAAGAAUAAAGACAUUUCAAAUGUCAUAUUAUGUCUAUAUACAGUGUUGUAACGAUGUGCAAAUAGUUAAAGUACAAAAGGGAAAAUAAACAUAAAUAUGGGUUGUAUUUACAAUGAACUAAAAGAAUAGAGACAUCUCUCUCUCUCUCUCUCUCUCUCUCUCUCUCUCUCUCUCUCUCGCUUGCUCUCCCUCCCAAUCUCCCUCUCUUUCUCUCUCACUAAUUUCAAUUCAAUACACUUUAUUGGCAUGACGUUACUAAUGUGCAUAUUGCCAAAGCUUACUUUGGAGAUUUACAAUAUUAACAUAAAAAAAGUCAUAAUCAAUGUCGUCAAUGGGACAACAGUAACAACAAUAACCAAGGAUCAAAAUAACCAACACAUUGAACAAUAACAAUAAGUAUAGAGGACAUGUGCAGGUUGGUUGGUCUGUCAGACACUGUCCCUCAUAUGAUGAAACAUAUGUCCCUCUCUCUCUGUGUGUGUCUCUCUCUCUCUCUCUGUGUGUGUGUCUCUCUCUCUCUCUCUCUCUCUGUGUGUCUCUCUCUCUCUCUGUGUGUGUGUCUCUCUCUCUCUCUCUCUGUGUGUGUCUCUCUCUCUCUCUCUCUGUGUGUGUGUCUCUCUCUCUCACUCUCUCUCUGUGUGUGUCUCUCUCUCUCUCUCUCUCUCUGUGUGUCUCUCUUUCUCUCUCUCUCUGUGUCUCUCUCUCUCUCUCUGUGUGUGUCUCUCUCUCUCUCUCUCGCUCUGUGUGUGUCUCUCUCUGUGUUUGUGUCUCUCUCUAUGUCUCUCUGGGUCUCUAUGCCUCUCUCCCCCUCUGUGUGUGUGUGUGUGUCUCUCUCUCUCUCUCUCUCUCUGUGUUUGUGUCUCUCUCUCUCUCUCUCUCUCUCUCUGUGUGUUUGUGUCUCUCUCUAUGUCUCUCUGUGUCUCUAUGCCUCUUUCCCCCUCUGUGUGUGUGUGUGUGUCACUCUCUCUCUCUCUCUCUCUCUCUCAGUGUGUCUCUCUGUGCCUCUCUCGCCCCCUCCCUCUGUCUCUCUCUGUGUCUCUCUCUGUGUCUCUCUCUCUCUCUGUGUGUCUCUGUCUCUGUGUCUCUCUCUCUGUGUGUUUCUCUCUCUCUCUCUGUGUGUCUCUCUCUGUGUGUCUCUCUCUCUCUGUCUCUCUCUCUCCGUCUCUGUCUCUCUCCACCUCUCUCUGUCUCUCUCCACCUCUCUCUGUCUCUCUCUCUCUCCCCCUCUCUCUGUCUCUGUCUCUCUUGCUCCCUCCACCUCUCUCUGUCUCUCUCUAAAUGUUGCCCGGUUACAUGUACAAUUUGAAGAAUGUCUUUUGAAAUCUUCACAUAUUUAUUUUGUAUUGUUCGUUGACUUGGAGGAGUGCCAACUGUGUAAUGUCUUUGCUAAAGUUCUAUUUGUCUGUGAAAUAAAGACACGAUGUGAAACGA